CUUGUGAAACGAGCACGAGUACUAUUAAAACCGUGUUGAUCCGAUUUAUAUUUUUACAAGGAAAAAACCGAGGAAGUAGCUCAAACUAUACUUAAAAAACCCGAUAUCCUCUUUUCUUACGAUCAGUGUCCAAGUUGUAAACUUCUGCAUUCCCAUUAAUACACACACGUACGCGUGCUGCGUGCAUAAUAUAUGGUGUCUGCUACCAUAUGUCCUAAUGGAUUUCACUCGCUAUAUACGCCAUUUUGGAGACACAUGGUGUUCCUUCAAAGGCAGAGCUACGCAUUGCAAGCUCAUUACAUCCGGGUCUCGACCAGAUGUUUAUAUAAACAACCAUUUGAUCACAAUGUACUCCAAGUUUAACCGUAUUAAAGAUGCCCAAAAUGUGUUUGAUAGAAUGCCUGAAAGAAAUGUAAUAUCUUGGACUACCUUGAUUUCUUCGUAUUCACAAAUGGGCUUGUUAGAACAAAGUUUGAGCUGCUUUAGGCUGAUGGUUGGUGAUGGUUUCGAGCCAAAUGAUUUUACGUAUGUCAGUGCAUUAUCUGCUUGUGCUAGUUUAGAGGCUGUGAGGAAUGGUAAAGAAAAUCAUGGCAGGAUAUUUAGGCUUCAGCAAGAUGUUAAUAGUUUUGUCAGUAACUGUUUGAUUAAUUUUUAUGGGAAAUGUGGGUUAUUAAGACCUGCCAGAGGUGUGUUUGAUACAAUGUUGGAGCCAAAUCAGGUUUCUUGGAGUUCGAUUGUUUCGUGUUGCUGUUACUGUGGGGAAAAUUUGGAGGGAGUGAAGAUUUUCUCGAAGUCUCACAGGGCUGGAGUGAAGAUCAAUGAAUUUUAUUGUGCCAGUGUGUUGGGUGCUUGUGUUGCUCUGGAGUAUUUGGAGUUUGGGAUUCAAGUACAUUGUCAUGCUGUCAAGUGUGGAAUCAGAAAGGACCCGUUUGUUAUGACUGGCUUGGUUAAUUUUUACGUUAAGUGUUGUAAGUUGGACUUGGCUCAGAACGCUUUUUGGGAGUUGGACAACCAACAUUUGUCAGCCUGGACUGCAUUAAUAGGGGGGUAUGUUCAGCUAGGUAACGGGAGAAAAGCCAUUGAUCUAUUCUGUAAGUUACUCUCUACAGGUACCAAACCAAGUGAGCAAACAUUUUGUUCUGUACUUGGAGCCUUUGUUGACGCAAAGGAUAUUAAAGUUGGGCAGCAACUCCACUCUUUAAUUAUAAAAAUGGGUUUCAUUUCAUUUACCUUUGUGGGGAAUGCAGUUUUGGACUUCUAUUCGAAAAGUGGAAUUCUUGAGGAUUCUCUAAAGAUUUUUGAAGAUAUAGAUUCCCAAGAUGUUGUCACUUGGAAUGCACUGAUUGACGGACAUGUAAAAUCUGGUUGUCAUAAUGAAGCCAUUGAACUUCUGCGCUCUAUGUUGGUUGAAGGGUUUGAUCCUAACCUCUACACUUACUCGAGCCUUUUAAGCAUCUGCGGUGAUCUACCAGCCAUUGAGUGGGGAAAGCAAGCCCACUGCCGUGUUUUGAAAUCAGGGUUUCAUUCUAGUGUGGUUGUUGGAAGUGCUCUCAUUGACAUGUAUGCCAAAUGUGGACGGUUGCAUGAUGCUCAGAAGACAUUUGACCGGCUUGCUUCUAAGAACUUGGUUUCAUGGAACACUAUGCUUGUUGGAUAUGCCCAACAUGGAUUUGGGAAAGAAUCCUUGGACAUUUAUAAUCUUAUGCCUAAAGAUAAAAUUAGACCGAACCAUGUCACAUUUAUUGGAGUAUUGUCCGCCUGUGGGCACGUGGGACUCUUGGAAGAGGGGUUGUGGCAUUUCAAUUCCAUGAUAAAAGACUAUAAAAUAACCCCAAGAGCAGAUCAUUUAGCUUGCAUGGUUAGUAUAUUUGCUCGAAAAGGACAAAUUCAAGAAGCUUACAAUUUCAUAAGAAAAUUUCCUGCAAAACCAGACAAGGUGGUUUGGAGAUGUCUUUUAUCAAGCUGCAAAACUCACAAGAACUUAGAUAUAGGAAGAUACGCUGCUGAAAAAAUUCUGAAGAUUGAUCCUGAUGACACAUCUGCCCUUGUUAUGCUGUCAAAUAUUUAUGCCGAGUCAAAUAUGUGGAAUGAAACAGCAAAAAUCAGGAACCUUAUGAAAGAGAAGUCUUUAAAAAAGGAUCUUGGUACUAGCUGGACCGAAUUGAACAAUAAAAGACAUUCUUUCUCCUCUGGCCAUAGUGUGCAAAUUGAAGGAUAUAGCGUGCUCGAAAUUUUGGAUGGACUGACAACCCAAUUAUAUGACGCAGGGUAUGUUCCUGAUGUAAUGUUUCCGCUAAAUGCUCUAGAGUGAAUUAUAUCAUUCGACGACUGACUUCUUGGCAAUCAUCAUUCUCUCACAAAGUAAAAAUGUACCCGAGUAAUAGUAUUUUCUAAGUGCCCUUUUGAGAAGAAAGUAACGACAUGUUUUGAGCUGUUACUUUGACUUGGGGUAUGGUCCGUUGGACUGUUGUUCAUGACACUUAUGAGUGUGGGACCUGAAAAUUCUGAAUCCAGGGAGCGGAAUGAAUUGGAAGAUUCAUGUUUUCUUCAAUGAUUAAUGCUCCGUGUGGAACUGCCAGCAGUUCCAAGAGCUGAUACUAUGCUCUUUCAGGCAUUGAUUGCGAUUAUGAAGGGGAAGGCCCCGCUGAAGAUGAUGGCAACAAUAAUAAAGGCGGAGACGGGGAUUGGAGUGCGGAAUCUGAAGAUGGUGAAACCCGCCCACCACCUAAUGUAAGAUCUAAAGGUGGUCCGGUGAUCAAGGGUUAAUUUUCAGUAAAUAGAUGGUUGAACUUUGUAAGACAGUGGAACAAAACUUUUGUUUAUGCAGUACUAUGUCUCCUGUGCAAUUUUUGUAUAAUAUUUUUGGAUUCAAUGAAUGUUGUUAUAUAUAUAUAAACUUUGGUCUU